AGCAGGCGACCUGCCUGCUCGCCUUGCUGCCAGCCUGUCGCAACCUCUCCCUGCUCGAGCUAAUUGUGGGAAUUAUUCCGCCUUCUUCCUCCCUUUUUACCCGCUAAAUAAGGCUCAACAAUGGCUACCAAAACCAAGGCCGGUUCUGUGGUGGAGAUGCAGGGUGACGAAAUGACCCGUGUCAUCUGGGAGCUCAUCAAGCAGAAGCUAAUCUUCCCCUACCUGGAACUGGAUUUGCACAGUUACGACUUAGGAAUGGAGAACCGCGAUGCUACAAAUGACCAGGUGACGGUGGAGGCAGCUGAGGCGGUGCGGCGCUACAGCGUGGGCAUCAAGUGUGCCACCAUCACGCCGGAUGAAAAGCGCGUGGAGGAGUUCAAGCUCAAGCAGAUGUGGCGCUCGCCCAACGGGACCAUUCGGAACAUACUGGGUGGCACCGUCUUCAGGGAGGCCAUCAUUUGCCGGAACAUCCCCCGUCUGGUGCCUGGCUGGGUCAAGCCCAUCAUCAUUGGCAGGCAUGCCCAUGGAGAUCAGUACAAAGCCACCGACUUUGUGAUUCCCGGGCCGGGCAAAGUGGAGAUGAUCUACACGCCAGUAAGCGGAGAGCAGGUCAAGUUCGUCGUCCAUAAUUUUGAAGGCACUGGUGGCGUGGCAUUGGGGAUGUACAACACAGACAAAUCCAUCAGGGACUUUGCUCACAGCUCCUUUCAAAUGGCUCUUGUUAAGUCCUGGCCUCUCUACCUCAGCACCAAGAACACCAUCUUGAAGAAGUACGAUGGACGAUUCAAAGACAUUUUCCAGGAGAUCUUUGAGAAGGAAUACCGUGCUAAGUUUGAGGCCAAAGGUAUCUGGUACGAGCACCGGCUGAUUGACGACAUGGUGGCCCAGGCCAUGAAGUCAGAUGGAGGCUUCAUUUGGGCCUGCAAGAACUACGAUGGAGAUGUACAGUCCGACUCCGUGGCUCAAGGCUACGGCUCCCUGGGUAUGAUGACCAGUGUGCUGAUCUGUCCAGACGGACGGACCGUGGAGUCGGAGGCGGCGCACGGCACAGUGACGCGCCACUACAGGCAACACCAGCAGGGGAAAGAAACCUCCACAAACCCCAUAGCAUCCAUCUUUGCGUGGACGCGAGGCCUCCUCCAUCGCGCGAAGCUGGACAGCAACGUGGAGCUGCGCGUGUUCGCGGAAGCGCUUGAGGCCGUUUGUGUCGAGACCAUUGAGGCGGGCUUCAUGACCAAGGAUUUGGCCAUCUGCAUCAAGGGCCUGUCAAAUGUGACACGUGCAGACUACCUGAACACCUUCGAGUUCUUGGACAAGCUGGCAGAGAACCUAAAGGCCAAGCUGGCCAAUCAGCCUAAACUGUGAUGCACUUGAAGGCGCACGCUCACGCUGCUGCUGCCGCUGGAGGCUUGCCGGUCAGACAAAAGCGGUCCACGUCUCCAGCAGGACUUUGGAAUAGAGAAUACAUUCAUUCCUUCACACGGGAGGUGUGAAUAGACUGCACGGUACUCGAAGUAUGAUUACACAAAAAGCAUUGCGUCACUAUCCAAUGUAAAACAUGUAACUCCAGAUUUUGUGAGAUUUUUUUGUUGUUGUUGUCUUUUUAUGUGUUUGUUUUUAAUCUGAAAAAUAGCAAACAUGUUUUUAUGUUUUGGACAAGAAAGAAAGAUGAAAACAAAAAUGUGGAGCUACAUGCAUGCCAUUGAAUAGUGCUAACUGAGAAGCUCUAGUAAUAAUUCUAAUCAUGAAGAAUAAUUACACGUGGUUUUAUGUUUGACCAAGUUUAUUUCAAUUUAGAAAUCUUUGUAUUACCAGUGUUGUCUAUUUGCAUCCAAGUAACAAUAUCCUGCCAUAGAACCUCAUUAAAAUGUCCAUCUGAUGUUUUUGUUUAUUUUAAACACCUCAAAUGUUCCAAUGUAAGUUUAGUUUAAAUGUUAUGAUUGUCAUUCUUAUUCUGUCCAAAAAUGUCAUUUGCACCAGUGUUUUUACGAAAACAGCAGACAAUAAUUGAAAUGAACCAGAUCCCACUGUAAUUUAUAUUUGCGUGGAAAAGGCUAUCGAAAUAUUAAAUUAAGAUUUCCUUUUUAAUUUUGCCAACUCUCAAGAACCCAAUCAAAAAAAAAAAAAAUAUUUUAAGCGGUAUGAGGGUUUCUAUAUUUUUUUAUGGCAACAGGUGUCCCAGGUCCUUACCCCUUAUAAAAUAAUGCAUACCUUUGUUAAUGUAACAUUAAAUGAUACUCAUACUUUAUACUUACCACACCACACACAUUUUUAACCCCCCCCCACCCCCCCCAAAAAAAAAAUCCUGGCUGCUACACAGCUUAGAAAUGUUUUCGUCAUAAAAUGUAAAAUCUAAAAUAAAAUAAAAUCCCACCACAA